AUGGAUACCAAAACAGCGAUACCUCCUUUGCUUUCCAGCAGCGCGGAUGACCUUUGUGCGGAAUCCUAUGACUAUGUCAUCGUGGGUGGCGCCACCGCUGGGCUUGCUGUGGCAUCACGCCUGGCGGAAGACUCAACUGUCAGUGUAGGUGUCCUGGAGGCAGGAGAGGCUGCUCUGGACAUUGAUGAAGUUGACUUUCCGGCCUUCUUCGGUCGUGCACUCGGGACCUCCUAUGAUUGGAAGUUUGAAACAGAACCACAGCCAGAGGAAACCUCGAACGAGACCUUCACCCUUCACGACACUUCCUACCUUGGCACAUCUGGCCCCAUCGCAGCUUCCUACAACAGAGAUUACAACUUAUCCCAUGCUUAUUGGCACGCAACCUUGAACUCCCUUGGGGCCGAGACGAACAAGUCCCAGAAUGCCGGAAACAACGCGUACGUUCAAGAGAUUCUUCUGAUGAAGGAGGAUAAGAGUUGGAUGGCUUCUGGUGUCCGAUUCAAGCACGAUGGGAAGGAGUAUAGCGUCAAGGCUCGGCGUGAAGUGAUACUUUCCGCAGUAUUCCUCUCAAGGUGGAUAGUCCCAAUGUCGGAGAGAAUCUGCAAGAUCACACCACUCCCUUUCUCACACACCAUUCCAAGUCCGGGCCUUCAGGAUAUCGAAGCCCGGAUGAAAAACCUCGAGAAUAUUCCACCCGAGCAAGCAUCUAUCCUCAACCGCCGGCUCGGCCCAAACAGUGAGGAGCAAGUCGGACAGAUAGAGUACAUCCUCUGGAUGGCAGCCGCCAGUUCCAUUUUUCAACCUGAGCCCCCGUCCAGUGGCAAAAGAUACGCCGGCUUGACCAUCAUUCUGCAGUAUCCCUUGACCGAGCCCUUGUCCAAGAUCCUUCUCAAGCAGGUCUCUCCUGAUCCCGAGGAGACUUCCACCGACGCUGAUCUCCAGAAGUGGGUUCAAGACAACACGGUCACAUGCUGGCAUCCUAUUGGGACAUCUGCAAUGGGAGGCGAAAAGGGGAUCAAAGGGGGUGUGGUGGAUGAGAGGUUGAAGGUGUAUGGGGUGAAGAGGUUGAGGGUUAUUGAUGCCAGUGUAUUUCCGUUGCAGAUCAGUGCACAUCUCCAGGCUACUGUGUAUGCGGUGGCGGAGAAGGCGGCAGACAUGAUCAAGGAAGACAGUGCGUGA